AUGGGGAACGGCGACUCGGCUGUGGAGGACGGUGACUCGACUGAAGAUGAUGAAGACUUGACUGUAGAAGACCAUGACUUGGCUAUUGAAGACAAUGAUUCCACUGAAGAUGAUGACUUGGCUGUGGAAUAUGACGACUUGGCUGUAGAAGACGAUGACUUGGCUGAAGAAAACGAUGACUCAGCUGUAGAUGAUGAUGACAUGGCUGAAGAUGAUGACAAGGAUGUAGAAGAUGACGACUUGGCUGAAGAUGAUGAUGAUUUGGGAAUCAAGCUGGAGCCUGGAAGCUACAAGUAUGCCGAAUUUUACGUGUGCCGUAGCAGACUGCACAUCAGACUAGAGAAAAGGGAAGAGAAAGACAGACCAAGUAACUGA